AGCUCCGCCCCUGGAUCCCGCCCCCGCCCCCGAUCUCUCAGCCCCAGCGGUCUGUCCCGCGCGCUGUUGCCAGUGCCGCCGGCUCCCGGCUAUGGACGCCCCCGGGGCCCCGGGCCCGGACCCGGGCAGGAAAGAGCUGAAGAUUGUGAUCGUGGGUGACGGCGGCUGCGGCAAGACAUCAUUGCUCAUGGUGUACAGCCAGGGCUCCUUCCCUGAGCACUACGCCCCAUCCGUGUUCGAGAAGUACACGGCCAGAGUGAAUGUGGGCAGCAAGGAGGUGACCCUGAACCUAUACGAUACCGCUGGGCAGGAAGAUUAUGACCGGCUGCGACCCCUGUCCUACCAGAACACCCACCUCGUGCUCAUCUGCUAUGAUGUCAUGAACCCCACCAGCUAUGAAAACGUCCUCAUCAAGUGGUUCCCUGAGGUCACACAUUUCUGCCGUGGGACCCCCACGGUGCUCAUUGGCUGCAAGACAGACCUGAGGAAGGACAAGGAGCAGCUGCGGAAGCUCAGGGCGGCCCAGCUGGAGCCCAUCACCUACAUGCAGGUCGGAUGUGGAGUUCUGGAGCUGAGACCCCCUUGA